AUGGUCAAGCGAGUUUUCAUCACGUACUGCAUUGAUGUGGACGCCUGCGCAGGAUGGAUCAACACUCGAAAUGGUUCGGUAGCCAAUGCUAGCGAUGUGUCUCGAGGUGUCUUCGGUGCCAAUGUCGGUGUCGAUCGGUUGUUGAAGUUCUUUGACGACAACGGCGGCAUCAAAGCGACCUGGUUUAUGCCCAGCCAUACGAUCUUGUCGUUCCCGGAUCAGAUGGCAAAAGUGCGUGAUGGCGGACAUGAAAUCGGGCUUCACGGCUACACGCACGAGGCUGUGUCCAAAUUGACCGAGGACCAAGAACGCAAGGUCAUGGCCAAGUCCAUCGAGGUAUACAAGGACUUCACAGGCAAGUACCCCAAAGGCUGGGUGGCACCGGCGUGGGAGGUCUCUCCCAAGUCAAUGCAGAUCCUCGAGGAGUUUGGCAUUGAAUACGAUCAUUCUCUGUGUCACCAUGAUUGUCAGCCUUACUGGGCACCCGACGUCGCAGACACGGUCAUCUACACGGACUACUCGCAAGACCCGGACACUUGGAUGGUUCCCAUGCAGCAGCACAAGGUCACCAAAGUGGUCGAGAUCCCUGGUUCUUGGAACAUUGACGACUGGCCACCCAUGCAGUUCUCCAUCCGAAACCCCGGCACCCACGGGUUCGUGAACCCAAGGGACAUCCAGCAGCAGUGGGAAGACCAAUUCACCUUCAUGUACCGCGAGUACGAGACCUUUGCGUUUUCCAUCAGCAUCCACCCGCAAGUGAGCGGGCGAUCGAACAUCAUGCUCAUGCACGAACGCUUCAUCGAGUUUCUCAAGGGCCAUGAGGGUGUGGAGUUUGUGACUGCGGCCACCAUCUGCGAUGAGUAUGUCUAG